GCUGUUGCUGUUGCUGCUGUUGUUGUUGUUGUUGUUGUUGUUGCUGCUGUUGCUGUUGUUGAAUGAAAGACAAAGAAAAGAAGUAAGAGAGGAUGGAGCAAGGGAACAGUCAGAAAAGUUUAUCAUAUCUUCGAUUGUUCAUCAUCAAGAUCAAGGAUGAUGGUCAGAAACACUCGCCUCUGCUACCUCAUCGGGGCAUUCAUCCUCGGAUUCACCGCCAGUCGGAUCCUCGACAACGAUGUCACUCGCAAACUGGGCACCAAGCAGGGGCUCGUAGUCAACAACUAUCUUCAGGCACUAACACCAAUACCGACCCCGACCCCGACACCAGCACGAUCGCCACCAACAUCGCUCCUCGACAGAACAGCCGAUGCAGUCAAGGCCAAUGCUGCAUUUGUGAUCCUGUUACAGAACAAGGACUUGCACGAGAUGCGAAAGACGAUGAGGAUGCUCGAGUCGACGUUCAAUCGUCGGCACGGAUACUCCUAUGUCUUUCUCAACAACGUGCCCUUCACAGACCACUUCAAGACUCAUAUCCGAGCCAUGACCACAGCCACCGUCAAGUUUGGCCUGAUCCCGAGAGAGCACUGGAGCUACCCUGCUUUCGUCAACCAGACCCAGGCUGCCUUGAACCGCAAGGAUAUGGAGGCACGCCACGUGCCCUAUGGCGAGAGCGAAUCGUACAGACACAUGUGCCGGUACGAAUCUGGGUUUAUUUUCCAGCACGAACUCGUCCAAGAGUACGACUACUUCUGGCGAGUGGAGCCAGGCGUCUCCUUCUCGUGCGACCUCGACUUUGAUCCCUUCAUGGUCAUGAAGACCAAAAAAUACAAAUAUGGAUUUGCAAUUGCCCUGCCAGAGUAUGUGGAUACAAUCCCAACGCUCUGGGAGAACGUCAGGCACUUCAUGCAGACCUACCCAGAGCACAUCUCCAAGAGGAACUCCCUUGAGUGGAUCAGCUACGACAAAGGCGAGACAUACAAUAACUGUCAUUUCUGGUCAAAUUUUGAGAUCGUCGAUCUCUCCUUCUUCAGGUCCAAGGCCUACAUGGACUUUUUCAACCUACUUGACAAAACGGGUGGAUUUUUCUAUGAGCGCUGGGGCGAUGCACCUGUACACUCUAUUGCUGCAGCCCUGAUGCUAGAUAGGCGGGAAAUUCAUUUUUUCAACGAGAUCGGGUAUCGCCACGAGAUGUACGAGCACUGUCCAGAGAGCCCUGCGCUCCAGCUGAAGUGCGCUUGCGAUCCCAAGGACAACGUUGAUUGGGUCCAGUUCUCCUGUCUUCGUCGAUUCCUGGAAACAUAGACAGACACACAGAUAAAAGAAUAAUAAAUCAUAAUAGCGAUUACAUCC